CUCCUGGCCCUGCUCCCUGCCUGGUCCCUCCCUGGCAGGUUUUACUGGGACCUCAUCAUGCUGCUCCUCAUGGUGGGGAAUUUGAUCAUCCUGCCUGUGGGCAUCACCUUCUUCAAGGAUGAGAACACCCCUCCCUGGAUCGUUUUCAACGUGCUUUCAGACACUUUCUUCCUGGCUGACCUGGUGCUGAACUUCCGGACCGGCAUCGUGGUGGAGGACAACACGGAAAUCAUCCUUGACCCUCACACCAUCAAAAUGAAGUACCUGAAGAGCUGGUUCCUGGUCGACUUCAUCUCCUCCAUCCCCGUUGACUAUAUCUUCCUCAUUGUUGACCUGGAGACCCAGGUGGACUCAGAUGUCUACAAGACAGCCCGAGCCUUGCGCAUUGUCCGCUUCACCAAGAUCCUCAGCCUGCUGCGCUUGCUGCGCCUCUCACGCCUCAUCCGUUACAUCCACCAGUGGGAGGAGAUCUUCCAUAUGACAUACGACCUGGCCAGCGCGGUGGUGAGGAUCUUCAACCUCAUCGGCAUGAUGCUGCUGCUGUGCCACUGGGACGGCUGCCUCCAGUUUCUGGUGCCCAUGCUGCAAGACUUCCCCGAGGACUGCUGGGUCUCCAUCAACCGCAUGGUGGUGAGUCCCAGGGGCCCUGGAGCUGUUGUCCCCAGCAGGGACAUCAGAAGGGACUUUUGGCCCUGCCUGCCUGUGGGUAGGACCAAGGGGCUUGGGCAGGCACAAUGAUUGCCCUUGGGUGUCGGAAUUACCUACGUCUGGCUCACGAUGCUGAGCAUGAUCGGGGGGGCCACCUGCUACGCCAUGUUCAUCGGCCACGCCACCGCCCUCAUCCAGUCGCUGGACUCAUCGCGGCGCCAGUAUCAGGAGAAGGUCAGCGGCUCCGAGCAGGCUGUGCUGCCCCACGGGCUCCUGCCCCAUCUAUGCUGUGGGAUCUGGGUAUUCCACAAGCUGCCUGGGGACACGCGCCAGCGGAUCCACGAGUACUACGAGCACCGCUACCAGGGCAAGAUGUUUGACGAGGAGAACAUCCUGGGGGAGCUCAGCGAGCCACUCAAGGAGGAGAUCAUCAACUUCAACUGCCGCAACCUGGUGGCCAACAUGCCCCUGUUCGCCAACGCAGACCCCAACUUUGUGACAGCCAUGCUGACCAAGCUGCGCUUUGAGGUCUUCCAACCCGGGGACUUCAUCAUCCGCGAGGGCACUGUGGGCAAAAAGAUGUACUUCAUCCAGCACGGGGUGGUCAGCAUCCUUACCAAGGGCAACAAGGAGACAAAGCUGUCCGAUGGCUCCUACUUUGGGGGUGAGGCUGGGCUGGUGGCCCGGAAAGCGGAGGGGAGAGAGAGCUGCUGGUGGCAGAAGCCGGGGGAUCCCUGGCGGGAGCCCGGGAACACAGCGUGGCCCUUCUUGCCCAGCGCUGGAGGCUUGGGACCUCCUUCCCACCGGGGGCCCUCCGGGCUGGUGCAGCAGGCUGAAUCGGAGGGGUCAGGCUCAGCGCCCUGA